AUGCCUGGGCCCAACCCCAGUGCCACCAGUGUCAGCUCCUCUGGCUGCUCCCCCAGCAAGGCUGUGGCUCCCCGUGCGGAGGGAUCCACUGUCUGACAGUGGAAGAAUGCUAGCUGUGGGACAAGAAGUGCAGGCUGUGCCACUUCCACAGGUACUGGUGGGAUGUGGCAAUUCUACACUAGGGACUCUCCCGGGCUAAAAGUUGGGCCUGUUCCAGUUUUGGUCAUGAGUCUUCUUUUUAUUGCUUCUGUGUUUAUGUUGCACAUCUGGGGUAAAUAUACUCGUUCAUAG